UCGAGAAAUACUGAACAAAACGACAAGAAAAGCAAGAAAAUGAUUGGUAUACUAUGUAUAGUGAGAGAGUUUGUAGACUUAGUAGGUCUGUGUCCGUUUGGUCCUUCGGUUAGACCAUGUAGUGAGCCAGAGAGGUCACCCCAGGUUCAAGGUUUGUGUUGUGAUGUUCCUUCCCCUGUGGUAGAGUCUCCUGAGCUACCAAGGGCUGCUGACCCGGAGCAGUGUUUGGUGGAAGCACCCCGUGUUGCAUUGUUUUCAGCAAUGCCAUUUGAGGUAGAAGUCAUUUCUACUUUGGAUGACACUGUUGAAAACGAUACAGCGGUGUUUGAGGAGGAAGAGGAACAUGAGUUGGUUUUCGACACAGAUGAUGCUGACCUUUUCUCAACCUGGGAUCAGGAGCAGCAGCAGGCUGAUGAGUGGUGGGAGGAUCUGGAAAGAAGGGUUAUUGAUGUUUCAGAGGAGGUCGCGGCCCUAUCCGAGGAUUAUAGUGAGGUAAAACAAAGGUUGGAGAGUGAUGAUGAGACUCUGCAGAUGUUUGGCGCAAACUUGGAAAGUGAGGGUCGAAAUCUGCAGAUGCAGUAUGUAAUCUCCAGGGUUUUACCUUGCUGUGGUCCUUUGGAUUUAGAAGAAUGUGUAAGUGAUGUGGAAGAGCUGUCUCUAGAGGAUGACGAGGUCUUUACUGAUGAGCAGGAUAGAGUUGUGAUUUGGGAUGAGGAGGGCAGAGCAGCUAUGAGGAGAGUUUGGUUCAGGAGGCAUUUCAUGAAGAGUCAUUGUCUGAAUGGUUUUUGGAGGACCUUUAGAGGGUACAGUUUGAGGUGUCGGAUGUUUCAGCUUAGUAUUGUGUGUCGUUGAGAAGAGUAGGUUCACAUUUGUAUUUUUGUUAGUUUUGUCCCUUAUGACCAGUUGCCCCCAGAUUACUUGACAAGUAAUGAAUGACUGAUGGUAUUGAUUGAUCGGUUGGUUGAUGUUUUAGUGAUGAUUGUAUCUUGAACACUUCAUUGAAGGUUUGGUCUUUUAAUAGGUCAUAACAGGUUUAGGAAUUCUCUGGCAAAAAUGAAAACUAUAAAUAGAUAGAAGUAAACCUGCCCUUAGUCUU